UGACUUUUUCCUUUUUGUCUUUCUCAUUGACAUGCCCACAUGCAUCUCUUGCCAUGAUGAUACAUCUCGAUUGAACAGGCCAUAUUGAAUUUCUAAGAUAUCAGCCCACUAUAUGCCAUUAAUGGACAGAUUUUACUCUGUCAAGUUCGGAGCCUCGGCACUGAGAGAGUCCCUAUAAAAUAUAUUACGUCAUUGUCUCCCAUUGGAGAUAUUACCACAUGUCCUGACUUUUCCUUUUCCAUUUUACUCUGCUAAACAUUGAAUAUUUUGUUCUGUUCUUCUGCAAAAGUGUUCAUCAUGACAACGUACAUUCCAGCCCUCACUUUGCCAGACUCGGUCUUCCUCAAGCCGGCUCUUUCGGUUUUACUACCCAUCGGCCUCGGCACAGCUGUUGGCUUCAGCGCUACUCAAACCCAAAAGACAUAUCUUGCGUUGAAGAAGCCCUCGGUGCAACCCCCACCAUGGCUAUUCGGACCUGUCUGGACUAUUCUCUACGGUGUCAUGGGAUAUGCCGCCUACCGAGUUGCUGACAUUGGUCUUUCUCCCUUCUCUUCUCCUGAGACUAUCGUCAACACCCGACAAGCCAUGACUGUUUACUCCAUUCAGCUUGGUCUUAACCUCAUCUGGACACCUCUCUUCUUCGGCCUAUACCGCCCCAUCGAGGCCUCUGUUGACAUUAUAACACUCCUCGGAGUCAACGGUUAUCUCACCUAUCUCUACAGCUCCAUUGACUCUACUGCUGCUUGGUGCCAGGUCCCCUACCUCGGCUGGCUUACCUUUGCUACCUACCUCUGCACUACUAUUGGACACUUGAACAACUGGGACCUCGCAAGCGGCGAGAUCAACAAGAAGGAGUAAGGUGAUCCGGCAGAAAAAUAUUGUAAAGUUCACCUUUUGAUCACGAGCUUCGAAUGCAGCUACACUGAAACUUCAAGUCUAACGCACUCUAAUCGUCUUUUUAUCAAAAGUCUUAUGUAACUGUCUAUCUUAAUCACCAGUUGAGAAAUAAUAUCUCAAACUUAUGCUCCAACCCACCAGUCUGAUAUAUUCCUAAAAUUCAAAGAUGAACGCCCAAGAUGCUCUAGCCAGUCGUCACAAUGCGUAAGAACAAAAUCGCUUUUCUAAACCAGUUGGUGGAACCUUAACCUCUACAAGUGAGAAACAUCCCGUCCAGUUUCAG